UAUAUAUACACUCCAAUUUCUGCAAGAGAAAACCCACACAUCGAUUAAGAAUCGAUUAACGAAACCGAAACAGAGGGUAAAAAGAAAACAGAGCAUCAUGUCUCGGAGUGCGGCUUGCAGGGCCUGGUUCGUGGCGGCAAGCAUCGGCGCCGUGGAGGCCAUGAAGGAUCAAGGGGUUUGCCGUUGGAACAACCUCAUCAAAUCCCUGCACCAACACGGGAAUAGCAAGCUCAGAUCUUACUACCAAGCUAAGAAGCUCUCUGCUUCCUCUUCUUCCGCCAUUGCCAACCAGAUCAACAAGUCUAGAGAGGAGAAGAUGAGGAAAGUCAUGGAUUUGGGGUGUUUGGGUCCCAGUACCAUCAGAUUCUAGACCUUUUCCUUCAUGGGUUUUCGUCAAUUUCUUGCCUUUCUUGUUCUACGCUGGCGCUGUGCUCAGAAAUUGGUGAAAGCUUGAAAUAUACAAUGUUUUUUAGGCUAUGAUCUUCUUCUCAUCUUUUCUUUGUGUUCUGGGCUUGAAGUUUGCCAAUUUGUAAAGAGGUUUGGUUUGGGUUAGUAAUGAAUGGAUACUCCAAAAUUGCGAGGGCA